CAUCAACACAGUGCGUCAUCAACUUUUCAGAAAGUUUACAAACAACACGUGUGUAAAUUAAAUCGAUUGUUUUCUUGUUUUUGGAUAGAUCUAGUUAAUGAUAAUUAAAUAUGGAUGAGGAGUUAGAGGAGCUGGAGAGUUUGUUUUCCGAACAUUUUGGGCGGACCCCGAGUGCUACCCCAUGUGUCUCACAGAUGAGUGAUUACAGUGAUGAAGAGGAAAGUGAUUUUGAUGAACAUAUUGAGUUGGGCCGUGUAGCAGAUGUUGACCAAAGAGUAAGGCAGUAUCUGGAUAGUUUACCAGCUAGCCAUUCGGAUGAAAGUGAGGAAUCUAGCAACGAGAACGAUGAAAAUAGGACAUCGCCAUCGUUGGCUCAAGCUGACCCGGAUUUGAUUAGGGUAAGACAAUUUAAGUCAGUUGGUUGUGGUUGCCAAAGAAACUGUCAUGCCUGUUUUGAAAUAGAUGAGUUGCACGGACACAUUCUAAAUAUUAGAGAAAUGGAAAAACAAGAUAAGGAAAUGUGCAUAAUGGCAACAUUGGCUGAUAGCAGAGGCAAAGAAAACACAAAGAAAGGGAGGAAACGUGUUAGAUUUAGACAUGACUUCAAAUUCCAAGGCAAGUUUGUGUGUAGAAAGACUUUUAUGCUUGUUUUUGACAUUGGAAAACACAGUCUACAGAACAUUAUGACACAUGUAAAUAAGAAUGGUGUUGCUCCAAGGAUACACGGAAAUACUGGAAGGAAAACGACAAAAUCACUCGUUUUUGAGGACAUUAAAAGAUUGGUUCAGUUUGUAUCUAAUUAUGCAGAUGACUAUGGUAUGCCACAGCCUGCAGCACCACGAGGUGGCGACAAUAUAGCACCAAUUUAUCUUACAAGUGAAACAACAAAGAUGAAUUUACAUGAAAAAUAUGUGAACAUGUGCGCGCAGUUAGUUGAACUUUCUAAUAGAUGAAAACGAAACUAUUGGGAAAGAUGGAACGUCAACACAUGGGCCGAAUGCAGUUAUAUCCGUGAUAGAUUAUGCCAUGAAUUCGUACAGUACUGGGGAAACAAAGUGUGCCAUACAUGCUGAUAAUUGUCCAGGUGAGAUUGUUUUACAUAUCAGUACGCGAAUAUCGGUAAUAAUAAAACAAUAUUAAAGGAAUAAACGCAUUUAAAUCUAUGUGAAGAAAAAGUUUUUAACCACAUUUCAAUAAACAGUAGAGCUACAGUUUUCAAUGAUUCACUUAGGUCUUAUAAAGCUAUACUAAUUAGAUUGAUAAUCCUUUAUUCACGUACAGUGGCACAGAGGUGACAUAGAUGUUUUUUAUAUUA